GCUCUGUCUGUAUGCCAAACUUACAGCCGCCCUGAGCUCCUGUCAAAGUUCAAACCAGAUGGCAGUGACAGGAAGAAGCUUCAGCGUUCCGACCUACGGCUGCGGAAAUUAUCUGAAUUUGAGUUGAUUUUGGAGUUGAACAGUACUGGAUGGACACAUGAAUACCAGAAGCCCAGUCGGAAACUGAAGCCUUAUGAGCGUGAUGGGAACAAACAGAAAACCUGGUAUUACCACAAGGCCUCAAACUAUCGGUACCUCUUGGUGCUCGUCCUGGCUGAGGAACUGUUUGCUGAGGGUUUAGAGCGCAUUCACCAUGGUCAGCCUGUAUCUUACUAUAGUGCGCUGCUCGCAGCAGUAGGUGCUUCUGAGUUGAAUGCCGUUUUGCCUUGGCAAACAAAGUCUUUUUAUUCCAAUUUGAUCAAGCUGUUCAAGCAGCAGCAACAUGGAAUCAAAAGCAAACAGCGUCGAGCACCGCCUGCUCUUCAAGAUGAUGAGCCAGGACUUGCUGUGCCUGGGCGUGGAGAGUGUACCGCUGAUGCAGCCCUGGACACUCCACAGGCAGUGACACCAGAUGUUUCCAAGCCUGCCCCUGCCACAAAGCGUCAGAAGAGAUUGAAGCCUGAGAAGAAGUGCAUUCAAGAGCCAAGGACGGAGAAGCCAGUG